AUGUCACUACUGGAUUCACCUAACAAAGAUGAAGGCACACCGAAAUCGGACGCCACCUGGCCAGCACAGCAAACCCGAGUAAAAGCGGGUACAAGAGAAGGGGGCCAACACAACGCGAUAGAAGCAGUUGGUGUCAUUAGACUACCCCAGUUUUUGCCAUCGGACCCAGACCUGUGGUUCACGCAAAUAAACGGCUUGUUGCAUAUAAAUCGUCUCACAUCUGAUGUCUCUAAAUAUUACACCGUAAUUACAGCACUUGAUGCAGAAACCCUACGCCGAGUUUCAGAUGUUGCAAGAAACCCACCGAACACGGGCAAGUAUGACAAAUUGAAAAGAGAACUAAUUGCUCGUUUCGAACUGUUCAAUAAGAAACCCAGUCAAUUGUUGAGGGAAAUGCGUGAUCUGGACGGCAAUAACGUCUCUAAUGAAGGUCUGUCAACAUUUUGGUUGCAGCGAAUGCCCAACAACGUUCGUUGCAUAUUGUCGGCGUGCAAGUCUACAGACUUGCAAAAUCUCGCCGAGGUAGCCGAUCGAGUUGUAGAUAAUUCACCCUCACACAUAGUCGCAUCUACAACCGUUCCGCAAGACAACGAAGCCAAUUGCUCAGCUCUAAACAUAUCCAAGCAAAACACCUUUGAAGCACGAAUAUUGGCGUUGGAGACCUCCUUCAACCAAAUUAUUCAAAAACUAAGCGGAAUAUCAGUCAACAUGGCUGCAACAAUGAACCAACGUCAUGGUUCAAGCGCCGAACCCGUUGGCGAACGAAGCAGAAGUCGACUACGUGAAAACGCAAAAGUAUGUUACUACCAUAUUCGAUUUGGUGCAGCAUCGAGGAAAUGUCAAGCUCCAUGCGAAUUCAACAAACCUACGUCUAUCGAUGCAACUGAUGGCAGCGUAGAACAAGACAUCAGCAUCAAAGAACAAAGACCGUACAUUUUUGAGAGCAAAAACAAUCUUAACUUUUUAAUUGACUCCGGUUCUGUCAUCUCAUUUGUACCACUGAACAUCAUAAACACUCAACACUUACUCCUGAUAGCCUUCAGCUUUUUGCAGCAAAUGGCUCAACCAUUCAAACUUUUGGUACUAGAAAUCUGUCACUAA